CUGUAGCGCAGCUCCACACUUGCAUCCAAGCAGCAACAUCACAGCUCCGAGAUAUUACGUUCAUCCCUCACCUAUCCAGAGCUUCACCAACAGACUCUCGACCACCCUCCCAUCACAUCUUCCAUACAGUUGAAAACGGCCCUAAGCCUGUCCGGACCCUCCUAGGCCUUGCCAUACCGAGUGCAUUCGCAAUUGCUUCAACGUCAUCACCUCCCCGCCUAGCCAAGAUGUCGCAACACGCCUUAUCCGACCAGCAGGUCGACAAUGAGCUCCGCAAGAUGACCGCCUUCAUCAAGCAGGAAGCCAUGGAAAAGGCCCGCGAGAUCGAGAUCAAGGCCAACGAGGAGUUCGAGAUCGAAAAGUCAAAGCUCGUCCGCCAGGAGACCGACGCCAUCGACACCCAGUACGAGAAGAAGUUCAAGCAAGCCACCAUGUCUCAGCAGAUCACCCGGUCGACCGUCGCCAACAAGACACGGCUCAAGGUCCUCGGCGCCCGGCAGGAGCUGCUCGACGACAUCUUCGACGAGGCGCGGAAGCAGCUCGCCUCGGGGGUCAAGGACAAGGCCAAGUACCAGAAGACGCUGACUGGGCUCGUUCUGGAGGGCUUCUACGCUAUGAACGAGCCGGAGGUGCAACUUCGGGCCAAGAAGUCUGACUAUGAUGCCGUCAAGAAGGCCGUUGAGGAGGCGGCCAAGGAGUACAAGAAGGAGGUUGGCAAGGAUGUCUCCGCCACAAUUGACGAGUCCAAUCCCCUGGAUGAUUCAAUUGCCGGCGGUAUCAUCAUCCUCAGCGGAAAGGGAAAGAUUGACAUUGACAACACCCUAGAGGCCCGAUUGCAGUUGCUAGAACACGCUGCGGCGCCGGCCGUACGAGAGAGCCUAUUUGGAAAGAACCCCAACCGCAAAUACUACGAUUAGAUUUACUCCGGCAGUCACUUGGCAACAUAUAUCUUAUUACCUUUGAUUGGAGAAAAGAGGGAAGGAUGUGGGGAGUAGAAGAGAGUAGAGGGGCCAGCAUGUUGAAAACUCCGAGGCAUGCAUUUUGUCGACUUAGUCUGUGCUUUUUUCUAGCUUAGAUGUUGUAUCAUAUGUCAUUACAAAGCUAAGUUUUUCGUUCUAAUCAAAUAUUCAUUGAAGCAAAUCCUCAGGCCCGCAGGCCGCCCAAUGUAUCCUCUCUAAACGCCAAAUGUUUCUCACAUCCCUCAAUGCAAUGUCAUAUAACAUUAGGUACAAAAAUGCUGUUCUUUUUGUUUUAAUCACUUUCUGCUUGCGGCUUGGGUAUCUUCUUGAAAAACUUGGCCAUGUACUCCUGCUGCUUGGGCAGAGACGCAAGGUCC